GCUGUGAAACUAGGCUUUGAAUAGCAGGUACAUAACAGGGGCAGAAACAAAACAAGGACAAGAUCAAUUUCUGUAAAGGAAAAGUGGAUGAGGAGUAAAAGUGUGAAAAACUACAUAUUCUGGGCAAGCAUUUGCAUUAAGAAAUGUCACUGAAUGACACAUACCUUCAUGGCAACAGCUCAUUUUCCUGUGCCUCUCCUUCAGUGGAAGGCUACCGGUACUUUGGCGUGCUGUUGGGCUGUGUGGUAACUGUCGUCGGAACAGUGGGCAAUGUUCUGACCGUGCUAGCCUUUGCCACUGACACACAUCUAAGAACGCGCUUCAAUGUCCUCAUUGUAAACCUAGCUGUGGCUGACAUCCUGUACUGCACCAUUCUACAGCCAGUAAGCGUGGAUUCCUACCUUCACCUGCGCUGGAGGGGUGGGGCUACCUGGUGUCAAAUGUUUGGGCUCCUCCUCUUCCUUUCCAACAGUGUGUCCAUUAUCACACUGUGUCUCAUUGCAGCAAGCCGCUACCUGGUGGUUGCCCACCGCACAACACGGGCGGCACGCCUACUGCUGUCUCCCCAUGGUGUAGCCAUGCUGGUAGCAAGCUCCUGGGCCCUAGGCCUGGCCAGCUUCGGCCCUCUUUGGCCUGUUUAUGUGUUCGCCCCACAGGUCUGCACUUGUAGUUUCCACCGCACCAAGGGUCGCCCUUACACCACUGUUCUGCUCUUUUUCUACUUCUUCCUUGGGCUGGGCUUUGUGGGACUCUUCUACUUUUUGAUCUACCACAAGGUGCACAUAGCAGCUAUGGCACUGCUCAAGUACAGGCCCAGUCGGCGUUCAUCGAGGAAAAAGCGGACCGAAGCUGAAGGGACAGAUGGUGAUGACAGCGGGAUCGGUGUUGGGACCACAGGAACUCAAAGCUCUGAGAUCAGUGAUCAAACAGUAGAGACAAACAAUAGCAAGAACCCCAUGAACGAAUACCCUGGGACAACACCUGCCACAACCUCAAGCACUCAGCAGACCACAUGCCCAAUUAAAGAGGCUUCAAACGGGGCAAAGCAAUCACAAGUCCCUGCUCCAAUAUUAACUCAAGCUACAGGACCAUCCUCCACUCCAGGAGAGGACAGUGAAUUUAAACGCGUAACCAGGAUGUGUUUCACUGUCUUCUUGUGUUUUGUAGGCUGCUUUGUGCCUUUCCUGCUCCUGAACAUUGCGGACAAGAACAACCGUGCCCCGCAGGUGCUCCACAUGUUCUGUGCUAACAUGACAUGGCUUAACAGCUGUAUCAACCCACUGCUGUAUGCAGCAAUGAACCGCCAGUUUAACCAGGCCUACCGAGACCUGCUGUCCAAAGCUGCAAGUCCACUAAGACACUUAUGGAGAAGGCAGUGAAGAACACCUAAUUAAUGCUGCUUCAGUUUGCAGUGAAACACAUCAAACUAAUGCUGAUUGAACACAGAGCCUGGAUACUGGCAGGAUGCUUAAGCUAAGAAAAGUGAACCUAACUUCCUUUCUAGCUAACAGAUAGAACAGGGCUUUCUAUUGUGAUUUAAGUCAUAUGUAUCUCACCCAUAUACACACACACAAACCUUCUCAAAGUUUUCUGGACCUACAUGUAUUUUCACCAUACACCUUUCCAGCAAUAUAUUCACAAAGACUAAAAUGGGUCAACAGAUAGAGUGAACAAAUGCAGGCUUUUAUAAUGCUUUAUAAAUAGAACAGAAUUGUACAAAAAUACAAAUAAGGCCUAUUACUCUGCAUGUUCAACUAUGAUGUGUUUUGAUACAUUUACAUAAAUGCAUAGAAAUGCUGUUGGAUUGGUGUGUAGCAAGCUUUUAAAGGAUUUUUUCAUAAAUGAUUUUUUAAUUUUAUUACAAUUGUAUUUCAGAUAUAUUCUUUUGUGAAUUAUUAAGUGAAUUCAGCAGUUCUCUAGACAAAACUUGCUAAUAUAUAUGUGCACCUGCUCACGCACAUAUAAUCAAGCACACAUGGACACACAGCUCAUGCUGUAGAUAAUGCCGUUAUUUCACAAGCGGAAACAUGCACACGAUACUGCAGUAAUGCAAUAUUCCAUGACGCUCCAGUGUAACACGAAGUCGCAGCCUGGGGCACACAGAUACAAAGUGUUCGCCUUGCUGAGACCUCCUACAAUGUUCAAACAUUCACUAAGCUCUGACCCUCAGCUGCUUUUCCACUCAUGGAUGCACUUCAAACAAGAACAAGAACACACCACAAAGUAGUGCUGGUCAAUUUUAGGAUUCAUUUGAUUAAUUGAAAUGAAUGUUUUGUGUAAUUUUCGAAAUAUGAUAAUCAAGAAACAUAUUUCUUCACUUCAUAAAGAGCACCUUCCACAGACCUACUUGCUGCUCCCAGUUUGGUUUUUGAACUUGCACAAUUUCAGUUCACUGAUAUUUUAAAAGAAACCUUUUUUUCACUACUCCAUUGCUAUAGAUUAUGCUGUUUAUCUUUUUUAGAAAGAUCAUUGCAUUCUGUAAUAACUAUAAUAUAAAACUGUAAUGGAGAAUUACCAGGAUCUUUAAAAAUA